AUGCUGCACGAGGUUUUGCUCGCCCUGUCCGGCCAUCCAUCUCCACUGUUUUCCGAUCACCAUGAAUCUGGUAUAUCAAAGACCAGCCAAGCCAGGAAUGACUUCCCUCUACUCACGCCGUCGGAGAAGGCCCUUCUAGCAUCCAUUGGCCAGCUGUCAGAACUGCAUCGUAAGUUACGGCGGCACGUAGAACAGAUAGCUGUCGCACACAGUUCAACAAUAUGCCGCGCCGUGGCCACCUCCAUCCAGGAGGUACACCUGGCUCGCUUCCAGGACCAUAUCUUGGAAGUCGAAAGCAAGAUCCUGACCAAAGAUGCCGCGGUCGUGGGAGCGUACGACAUCGUCCCUCUCGCUGGAGUGGUCGGUGAGUUCGAUGACUGGCAUAGGAGGAUGGCUUGGUACUGGGACCUGGCAACAUUCAUGCUUCCGAGUCAUGGCUCCAAGGCUCGAGGAUGUACUGGCGCUAGUUUGAUUGACCGACUGCGAGCAGAGAUGCAGACUGGGUUUGAGGACAUCGAGCAGGCGGCGCUCGAAUUAAGCCGGGUUGCCGAGACCGCCUGGCUACGGCAGGCAUCUUCCUGGGUUCUAUACGGAAAGGUACCAACGUUUGGAGCGAGCGACUUCUUCGUAAAACUCGAAGAAGUGGAUGGCGAGCAGCGAUGUUCAAAGGACAGAAGUCUGCUGCCGAAGUUUGCCAGUGCGCCAACCGCAUCCUCGAUUCUUUUCAUCGGGAAGUCGCUGCUACAGGUACGCAAAUACGGACAGCAGCCAGCACAAUCUACCGCAAAUAGCGAUGCAUCACUUUCCGAACGUGAGCUGGUCUCGAAACACCUUCAGCAUCUCUCGGCACUGUCACUGCCCAUAGUCUCUUCACAACUAUCGAGGGCCAUCUCAUCGAUCCGCCUGUCGCUGUCACAAAACGUCCUCCAGCACCUCCUUCCUAUGGAGGUAGUACUCAAUGUGCUCUCAUGCAUCAAGCAGUUCAUGCUACUCGAGAGGGGCGAGUUUGCCGUGGCGCUAAUCAACGAAGCAGACAAUCGACUCCAGGUAAGACAGCAGAGUAUGGGCCGUCUGUUGCAGCAGGAUCCUGUGAAAGCACUAAAAGGUCUUUCCAUCAACGACGCAGAGUUUCAGCAGACGCUAUUACAGGUCUGGAAAAGGCUAGCGACUCAGGAUGAAGACAUUGAAGAUGAGGUGUUGGACUUCGCUGAGAAGCAUGUCACUUUAUCAACACCGGACAAGGCCGACUCACGACCAUCGACUUCCGACAGCAUUCACGAAGCUGCUGUAGAUCUGACUACUGUUGGCUUCAACGAUCUCCUGUUCCCGAGCGCAGUUAUUCUGGGCCUCAACAUCACGCAACCACUGGACCUCUUCAUAACAUCGACGGAAGUGAAGACCUACUCGUCGGUGAACGCCUACUUGUUGAGCUUGAAGCGAGCACACGUUCGCCUGGCAGACCUGUGGCGCAGGACCGUAGCACGACGGGACACUGCUCCCGCACGAGGAAGUGCAGAUGGCCAGACCACGAAUACAGAGGAUAGACAACGAUUUGCGAAGCGGCGGACGGCCACUCGGAAAGUCUGGGCGACAUGCAGCGCUGCUAUAUUCCUUUUAUCGGAGACAUCAGCAUAUUUCGAAGGCGAGAUCGUUCGAGAAUCAUGGUCGUGCUUUGAGCGCUGGGUCAGACAAUCUGAUCAAGAUGAAGUGUCUCUCCAUAAGUCGACGCAAACCGAAUUGGAGGAGAAGCAGGACGUUGCGCCACGUGACCCAGAAAGCCUGGCAGCCGGCCAUCGAGCAUUCCUCGCAUCACUGGUCUAUGUACUACUACUCAACGACAUCCCAUAUACAAAGGAGCUACGAUCUCUGCUCGGAAACGUGGACAACCUCAUCGCCUUCUUCAAACGCUUACUGGACAUCCAGCAAAAGUUAGACAUGGAGCACGACGCCGGAGGCGAAACGGGCUACACUGCAGAGGAAGAAGCCCGCAUUGCGCUGGAGUUGGACAGGGCACGGAAGAAGGUCGACAGUGAUCUGAGGUCCGUGGUGAACAGGCUGAAGCAGCUUGAUCAGGAGCGCAUCGGGUCUGGACGAUAUUUGAGUGCUAUGUCUAUGGAGAGUGGUGGGUUUGAGCCGUGGAAAGGCGGUGGGGUUGAUCGGUUGCUUAUGAAGUUGGAAUUUGGGAGGAUGACUGUUGAUGAGUAUGACCUUGUAUGA